AUGAAGGCAAAAACUUACAACACAGAUUUUGAAGCCGAGAAGACUAAAAUUCGGAACUUCUUCGAUGACUACUACGUUGAGAAUGACGAUGGAACGAAGUCCUUCCCAUACCGUGAUCAGAUAUUCGAGAUCGCUCGUCGCGAGAAGCAGGCUAUUGUGAUCGACGUUGAUCACAUCAAGGAUUCCGACAUCCCAGACGCCAUGGAGCUCUCAGAAGCCAUCGUCAACAACACGAAACGGUAUCAGAAGCUCUUCAUGGACACGAUUUACGACAUCAUUCUCGAUUAUCUCGGAGACAAGCAAGCGCCAGUCAUCGAUGGACUCGACGCUCACAUGUUCCAACGUAUCUACAUGGACAAGACCGAAGGAGCUAACAACGAGGAAGUGUCUCUUCAGGAUAAGCUCAAGAAGUACCCGCCACAACUUCUUCAACGCUUCGAAGUCUACUUCACCACCGAGGACAACGCUCACCAAACCUGCGUUCGCAACAUCAAGGCUACCGAAAUCGGACAUCUGGUCUCUAUGAAAGGAGUCGUUAUCCGUGCCACCGAGGUAAAGCCAUGCGUUGAAGUGAUGACGUACACUUGCGACACUUGUGCUGCGGAGGUCUACCAGCCUGUUAACGGAAUGCAAUUCACCCCACCACUCAACUGCCCGAAUAAGGAAUGUGUGGAAGCCAAGGCCAACGGAAGACUGCAUAUGCAGCUCCGUGGAUCCAAGUUCGUCAAGUUCCAAGAGCUCAAAGUUCAGGAGCUUAGCGAGCAAGUGCCAGUAGGAUCCAUUCCACGUACUAUGACUGUCUACGUUCGUGGAGAGAUGACCAGAAGAUGCAAUACUGGAAAUAUAGUGCAGAUUUCGGGAGUUUUCCUGCCAAUCAUGCAGUCUGGAUUCCGGCCAACUGGUGGUCUCGUUGCUGACACCUAUUUGGAGGCUCAUUACAUCAACAACCUCGACGACAACCCAACAUUCAGUGGAGUCCAUUCCGAGGAGCUCGAGGUUCUCCGUCGCAAGGGUGACAACUACGAAGCCCUCGCCGCAUCGAUCGCUCCAGAAAUCUACGGACACGUCGAUGUCAAGAAAUGUCUUCUGAUGGCUCUCGUUGGAGGAAACGACAACACCUCUAACGGAAUGAAGAUUCGUGGUUGCAUCAAUGUUCUAAUGAUGGGAGAUCCAGGAGUCGCCAAGUCUCAGCUUCUCGGAUACGUCAACCGUUUGGCUCCACGCUCUCAGUACACCACUGGACGCGGAUCAUCUGGAGUUGGUCUCACCGCCGCUGUGAUGAAGGAUCCAGUCACUGGUGAGAUGUCGUUGGAAGGAGGAGCUCUUGUUUUGGCUGACGGUGGAAUCUGUUGCAUUGACGAGUUUGAUAAGAUGAUGGAUAAUGACAGAACCGCUAUCCACGAGGUGAUGGAGCAACAGACCAUCUCAAUCGCUAAGGCAGGAAUCAUGACCACUCUGAACGCUCGUACCGCUAUCAUCGCGGCAGCCAAUCCAGCCUACGGACGCUACAACCCAAAUCGCUCUAUUGAGCAAAAUGUGGAUCUCCCAGCUGCUCUUCUCUCCCGUUUCGAUCUCAUCCUCCUUAUGCAAGACAAGGCUGAUCGUGAGAACGACAAGACUCUCGCCGAGCACAUCACCUACGUCCAUCAACACGGAUGUCAUCCAAAUCGCGAGAAGAAGGACGUCAUCUCACUGGAGACUCUUCGCGAGUACAUUGCUCUUUGCAAGACCUACACUCCAACUGUGGACCCGGCUCUUCGUGAGCGCAUUGUGGAGGCUUACGUCGAGAUGCGUCGUGAUGCUCGCUAUUCCUCGGAUCCAACAUUUGUGUCACCAAGAAUGAUUCUCGGAAUCGUCAGAAUGGCCACCGCUCGUGCCAAGCUUCGUCUCUCCAAAAUUGUCGACGAGACUGAUGUUGAGGAGGCUCUCCGUCUCAUGCAGUUCGCCAAGGACUCGCUUCGUCCAGAGCAGACUAGAAUCGAAAAACGCAUGUCUCCAGUCGACGCCGCCUUCUCUGUGCUCCGCGAGAUCUUCCACUCCAGCAACGAGCCAAUCGCUCUGUCGAACGCCAUCCAACGAUGCGCUCGCAAGGGAAUCAGCGAGGUCGCCCUCCAGAAGUGUCUGGAUCAAUACACAGCCAACGGCGUGCUGGUGAUGGAUCGCCAGAACAUCGUUUUCGCGAUGAAUUGA